CUCAUUCAAUUUUGAACUGGAGCUUUCAACUGAUGGCACUAUUAUGCAUGAAUUGUGAACGACUGCAAAAGGGGGGACGGGAAAACCGAGACGUGGUUUUUCUUGCCAUUUGGACGCCUGCGCUCAGCCUCUGGGAUGAAUGUUCAACGUUAGAAGCUGCCAGGAUCAUCAAGGUGGCGCAGCUCGAUCAAUUGGUAGGUUGUCAAAAAGCCCUUCACACGACCUACGUUGGCUGCAAAAGCUCGGAGCAGCACCUCAGAAUAUCUUCAGACUGAAAACGGGGCAAGCGGGCAGAGCGGGGGAUGUUGGCAUCGGGUGCUUGAGCGUUUGAGAGCAAAUACUGGGGUGCAGCAUCAACCACUUGCGUCUCUGACUUCUGAUAUAGUGAAAGUUUGUGAGGGUGGUGGUCGCUCCAUUCAAUCUCAAUUUAUUGUGGCCUCACAUUUGGAAUCCAUCUCAACCCAAAAUGGGGGCUGGAAUGGCCAAACUCUCCGUGGCACUGACCAGCGAGCUUCUGGCAAUCCCAAAUGCUCCCUUGCCACGAGAAGCGCACAGUACGGUGGACCUGGGGAAUGGGAGGCUGCUUGUCUUUGGGGGAGGCAGCAGUGUGGACGAAGAGGCUGAGCAAUACAAUGAUGUGCACAUCCUAGACAUUGGACAGCAUAGCUGGACAAAAGUGAAGACCAAAGGGACACCGCCAGCUCCAAGGACGGGGCAAACGGCAGCGCUUCUCCCUGAUGGCCGGGUGUUUGUGUUUGGCGGUUGCUCUAUGGACAGCGGGUACUUGAAUGACACGCACACUCUCGACACGAGCACCUUCACUUGGACCCAACCCUCCACCUCGGGCUCCCCUCCCACUCCUCGUGACAAGCACACUUCAUUCAGCCUUGGCAGCAAAGUGUACAUCUUCGGAGGCUUCGGCCCUGAGCCGGAAAGCACAACACCAGAGGCAGCAGAGGAGCCAGUCAAGGGUCUAGAUGACCUAAGCUCAGAAGGGGACGAAUGGGAGACAGACGACGAGGGAGGCCCGAGCGCACGGCCUGGCGGGAUGGACUUCACGUGGUUCAAUGACCUGCACGUGUUUGACGCGAGCACCGGGGAGUGGAGGGAAGUGGAGACAACGGGACAAACGCCAAGUCCUCGAGCAGCAGCGGCGGCAGUCCUGGUGCCUUCCUCAGAAUCAGGUCAGAGUGCGGGACCUACACGUCUUAUCCUGUUUGGUGGAAGGGACUCGGCAGGCAGACAGAAUGAUCUGUACAGUCUCGACAUGAGUUCGUUCGUAUGGAAGCAAGAACGGCCGAGCAAUCCGGCGUCCGCUCCCGUGGCCGAGAGCCAAGGCUCGGAGGAUCCCGCCACGGCCGGACCUGCGCCCGACGCCCCGGCCGCCCCCGCUGCACGGUCGUUCCACUCGAUGGCACUUCUACCCGGAACCGCUUUCGGGUUGCUUUACGGGGGCGUCGGCCUGAAGAACGAGAACUUUCAAGGUCUUGACGUCCUCAAUACGGAGACGAUGGACUGGUCGUCUGUGGGCUCGUUAGAAGGCACGUGGCCGUCCCCCCGAGGCGCGUGCUCCACAACCGUGAUCCAAGAAGCCCCUGAGAGCAGCCCAAAGAUGGUCAUCUUCGGUGGGUCAUCAGACUGGGAGGGUGGGAAGGCAGGGUUCCACAACGACGUGUUUGUGACGGAUCUUGCACCGUUGAUGGAGUUACUGAAGAAGAGCGAGAGUGCUGAUGGCAAUGGAAACGCUCGGCAAGUUAUGUAGAGACAGGCGGCCCUUAUCUUCUUGGGUUUCCUCAAGCAUACAACUCGAGACAGAUUAUGAAGGGACCAAUCUAUUCUAGAAUUCUGUCCAUAUUGGCGAAGCCGCUUGCUUCUGAAUCAAACUUCUAGAUAAUCGUAGUUGGUGGAGAUCAAGCCGCAGGCCAAUUGUGGUGUUGUGACACAAUGUUGACCUGCUGCCGGACGCGGACCGAGUAUGUUACUUUUAGGACCAUCGAUCUUAUACGCUGAUCGUUGCAAGUUCAAGAUUGGAUCGCGGAGUUGGAAAUGUUUAUUGAUUAGAUGGUCCCCUCGUGCAACCGUCG